GUUACAUUUCAAAUACUUACGACGUGCAUUGUUCCGGCAGAUGAAUAUUCAGAGGAAGGCACUGUAAUACAAUGUUAAAGAUAACGGAGGCCACUGUUACUUUAGCCCGGAAGGCGGCGGUGUUGCGAACAGCGGGUGAGCUACACAGGAAGAAAACAACCGUCUAGCCAAACGGCUAUAGCUAACGAGGCAAGCGUCAAGUAAGCGAGUUAGCCAUGUAGCCGAAACAACGAGGGAUUUACAAAGAGAAAUACUGGACUACAUUAACUUAAGCCUUUCCUUUAAAGACACAGCGAAGGGGAACAGUGUGUGAAGAUGCAGGCUGGUGACCCUGUGGUUGGCACCUCGAUGGGAGUAGGUGGUGCUCAGAGUCGGUCAGAGGAUGAAGAGUCACUUGGAGUAAAAGACCUGAAAAGGACAGCAACACAAGCAUUUGGCAGUGGUGUUCCCAAACGCAGAAGUUCAUCCAGGUCAAUAAAGCGAAAAAAGUUUGAUGAUGAGCUAGUGGAAAGCAGUCUUGUGAAGUCAUCCAGUAGAGUCAAAGGUCCGCCCGUAAUGGAGCCUGUGCGCUGUUCGGGGAGUGAGCCUUCCUCAAGUGAGAAAAAAAAGGUAACAAAAUCAGGAGGAACUCUUACACCGCCUCUCACAAUGGUACUGAACCCUGCACCUUUAACCAAAAGAGUUAAGAAAAGCAAGCAGCCUUUACAUAUUACUAAAGACUUGGGCCGAUGGAAACCCACAGAUGAUCUGCUGCUUAUAAACGCAGUGUUGCAGACCACUGACUUAACUUCUGUACAUCUGGGGGUCAAGUUCAGCUGUCGUUUCACUUUGCGUGAAAUUAAAGAGCGGUGGUACGCUUUGCUCUACGAUCCCGUAAUCUCAAAGCUGGCAUGGCAGGCCAUGCGGCAGCUUCACCCAGAAGCAAUUGCAGCAAUCCAAAGCAAAGCUCUCUUCAGUCAGGCUGAGGAGGCACUGCUGGCCAAGAUUGGUUCAACCAGUCAGCCUAAACUGGACGUGUUUCAGGAGCUUUUAAGUAAGCACCCUAAUGUCUUUCACCCGUCUCGCAGUCCCAAGAGCCUACUGGUGCACUGGCAGCUGCUCAAGCAGUACUACCUACUGGACGACCAGAGUGUACAGCCCCUCCCUAAAGGUGACCAAGUCCUCAACUUCUCUGACGCCGAGCAGAUGGUUGAUGAUGUGAAAUUAAAGGACAGCAGAGAUGAAGUGUUGGAACAUGAGCUGAUGAUUUCAGACCGCCACCAGAAAAGAGAAAUCAGACAGUUGGAGCAGGAGUUGCCUCGUUGGCAGGUUCUUGUGGACAGUAUCACAGGGAUGAGUAUGCCUGACUUUGACAACCAGACGCUUGCAGCAUUACGUGGAAGAAUGGUACGCUACCUUAUGAGAUCGCGAGAGAUUACAUUAGGCAGAGCAACCAAGGACAAACAGAUCGAUGUAGAUCUGUCGCUAGAGGGGCCUGCUUGGAAAAUCUCAAGAAAACAAGGAAUUAUUAAGUUGAAGAAUAAUGGAGACUUCUUCAUUGCCAAUGAGGGCAGGCGACCUAUUUACAUAGAUGGCAGACCGGUCCUGUCAGGCAACAAGUGGAAAUUAAAUAAUAACUCAGUGGUGGAGAUUGCAGGUCUUCGCUUCGUGUUUCUUAUUAAUCUGGAGCUCAUCUCUCUAAUAAAAGCUGAAGCAGCCAAGAUGACACAACAGUGAUCGCCAGCCGUGCAGCUGAAGAAUCGGCCUAUGGCAGCAGAGCAUGCCAUAUCAGGCAGUCUGCUCAACACUGGUUACAGGUGCUCUUGUGAGGCUGUAGUGCUUCCAGGGGAUAGGACUGGCAAUGGCCUUCUCACCCUUCAGCCUGAAAUGUGAAUUUCACACAGGCUUCAGCUAAAUCCUGAAGCACGACAGCAACAGGUUUUUACUUGGUGUGUGGAUAUUUUAUGUUGUAUGUAAUGUAGACACUCUCACAGAGCCUCACUUUUUCCAGCUUUUCACAACGUUGUAUUUAAAUUCUGUAGUAAAACUUUUUCAAAUUAAUAAACUUGUAUACACAAUGAA